UUUGCCCAGACCCCUGUGAUCCGGUUCUACAAGUUGAAGGUUCGAAGUCCAUAAGGCGCGAUCACGAACUGAGAAGUUAUUCUGUUUUUGUAGUUUUCUUUGAAAUACUGCUUCACUAAGCAUGGAUGUUGCCAGCGCUAUCGUGAAAUACAACCAGCAAACUCUUGGUAGAGAUAAACUGUGCAGGUCUAUUCAGUACGGUUCCCGGUUAGUUGGGUAUAUCCUGCAAGAGUAUUUAUCAAUGAAAGACUGGGCGGAUAGGGCUAAUGUCUUGGAUAAGCAUGCAAGCACAUCACGCAAACUUUUCAGACUUGGCAAGAGUAUUGAUAUGCUCCUCGGCCUGAUUCAAGCUAGAGAGAUUCGCCAUGACAGUGUGUUGAGAACUCUUAUUAUGUGUCGCCGUAUGACGUACAUCCUCUACUACCUAAUUGACCAUGUGACCUGGGCAGCAAGACUUGGUUUGUUCAAGAGUGACCCUAAGGCAUGGUCCCGCUUUCAGGCAAGGUUUUGGGCUUUGGUUCUUUGCUUUGGAAUCCUAAGAAAUCUUCAUGAUCUGAAGACACUGAUUUUUCCUCCUGCGAAGAAAGAUGAGGGAGGCAGUUGUAAGACAACUUCUUUGGAGCGUGUGAUGCAAAGACCAGAUGUUGUUCUUGACACAGUGAAGAAUUUGGCUGAUGCUCUGCUUCCCUUCAAUGUCAUGGGUCUUAUAGAACUUAAUGCAGGUGUGGCUGGUGUUCUAGGCUUGACCUCAUCAAUUGCUGGCGCAUUGCCUUUAUGGUACCCCUCACUUAAACUUAAGCCUUCGUAACUGCAUUUAAUACAACACUAAUAAAAAAAAUGUAAUUAAUGUUAUUCAGUCCAACUUGGGACAAACACUUUAGUUUUGCCUUUUUUUUAAUUUUGUUAACAACUUUAUUGAGAACUAUCAAUUGUUUUAAUAUGUUUUCAAUCAAACAGAUUUAGUUCACUAUUGAAGUGAAUAUUUCUUCUGCAUAGGGUUUCAUUGCCUACAAAACCAUGACUUACACAAGUUGAAUCAACAGACUUCUUCAACAGCCUCCUGCAAAUAGCGCUGCAUUAUCCAACAGAGUUGGCAAAAUGUUGUGUUAAUAAAUGAUAAUUCAGUGAACAACAGUCCUUCGUGGUCUUUUCCAUAUAAUACUUAUGACUAUGGAAACACGCCUGGAUUGACUUGCAUCAGAAGGACGAAAUACCACAUUUCUUGCAAUUUUCUUUUUCUGCAUGCCAAAGCAGCAUGUCUGUCACCUUGGUCACCAGCCGUGAAGUUCUGGGUGCAAAAAUGACCAUGAGUUAUUAAGGGAAGAACACAACUAGGUACUAUGGAACCAAGACUAAAGACAUGCCAUAUUCAGGAUACUGUCUAUGAUUUUCCUUAUUGACUGACGUAAUUCAGAGCUUAUAAAGUUAAGAUGUAUUUAAGAAUGUAACACAAGAUAAGCAAUAAAAUCCCUAGAAAUGUA